CAAAGGCUUGGUGCGGCUGCAGAUGCGCGAGGAAGCGGCAGGGAAUUGCACACUGAGGAAACAUUGCAAAGCCUGUUAUGAUUCUGGAGCAAAUCAACUGCACCAAUUGAGGCAGGACCAGAAGGGCCUGGAAUCGAUGCAACCCGGCUCGCCCGGACUGCAGGGCCAUGGCGUCUGCGCCGCACCUCAACUCGGACGCCCUGCGCGAGGUCUUGGAGUGCCCGAUUUGCAUGGAGUGCUUCACCGAGGAGCAGCUCCGGCCGAAGCUGCUGCACUGCGGACACUCCAUCUGCAAGCAGUGCUCGGAGAAGCUUCUGGCCAGCAGCAUCAACGGCAUCCGCUGCCCCUUCUGCAGCAAGGUCACGCGCAUCACCAGCCUGGCCCAGCUGGCGGACAACCUGACCGUGCUGAAGAUCAUCGACACGGCCGGGCUCAGCGAGGCGGUGGGCCUCCUCAUGUGCAAGGCGUGUGGGCGGCGGCUGCCCAAGCACUUCUGCCAGAGCUGCGGCCUGGUCCUGUGUGAGCCCUGCAAGGUGGCCAAGCACCUGCAGCACGGACACGAGGUGGUGGCCAUCAAGGAGGCGGCGGACGAGCGGCGCAGGGAGUUCGGGGCCCGGCUCGGGCGCCUGCGCGAGUUCAUGUGCGAGUUGCAGAAGAGGAAGGCGACUCUGGAGGGCGUCUCCAAGGACCUUCAGGCCAGGUCCAAGGCGGUCCUGCAUGAGUACGGCAAGGAGGAGCGCAAGGUCCAGGACGAGCUGGCCCGCUCCCGCAAGUUCUUCACCGGCUCCCUCUCCGAGGUCGAGAAGGUGAACAGCCAGGUCAUGGAGGAGCAGGCGUACCUGCUGAACAUCGCCGAGGUGCAGAUCGUGUCGCGGUGCGAUUACUUCCUGGCCAAGAUCAAGCAGGGAGACAUCGCCCUCUUGGAGGAAGAGGGGGACGAGGAGGAGCCCGAGCUGAUGAGCAGCCUGCCCAAGGAGCUGACCCUGCAGGAGGUGGAGCUCCUCAAGGUGGGCCACGUGGGGCCGCUGCAGAUUGGACAAGUGGUCAAGAAGCCACGGAGCAUCAACCUGGAGGAGUCGCUGAUGGAGAUGGCGGCGGCGGCGUCCGUGUCCUUCCGGGAGCCGGACAUGGCCGAGGACGAGGCCGGCUCCUUGCCCAGCUGCCCGUCGCCCGCCAAGCCCCGGAUGCCGGAAGCAGCCACCAGCAUCCAGCAGUGCCACUUCCUGAAGAAGAUGGGCUCCAAGGGCAGCACGCCGGGCAUGUUCAACCUGCCCGUCAGCCUGCACGUCACCCCGCAGGGGGAGGUGCUCGUGGCAGACCGCGGCAACUUUCGGAUCCAAGUCUUCACGCGCAAGGGUUUCCUCAAGGAGAUCCGCCGGAGCCCCAGCGGCAUCGACAGCUUCGUGCUGAGCUUCCUGGGGGCGGACCUGCCCAACCUGACCCCGCUGUCCGUCACCAUGAACUGCCACGGGCUGAUCGGCGUGACCGACAGCUACGACAAUUCCGUGAAGGUGUACACCAUCGACGGGCACUGCGUGGCCUGCCACAGGAGCCAGCUCAGCAAGCCCUGGGGCAUCACCGCGCUGCCCUCGGGCCAGUUCGUGGUGACGGACGUGGAAGGAGGGAAGCUCUGGUGCUUCACGGUCGACCGCGGGGUCGGGGUGGUGAAGCACAGCUGCCUGUGCAGCGCCGUGCGCCCCAAGUUCGUCACCUGCGACACGGAAGGGACGAUCUACUUCACGCAGGGCCUGGGGCUGAACCUCGAGAACCGCCAGCAUGAGCACCACCUGGAGGGGGGCUUCUCCAUCGGCUCCGUCGGGCCGGACGGGCAGCUUGGCCGGCAGAUCAGCCACUUCUUCUCGGAGAACGAGGACUUCCGCUGCAUCGCCGGGAUGUGUGUGGACUCCCGGGGUGACCUGAUCGUGGCCGACAGCAGCCGCAAAGAAAUCCUACAUUUUCCCAAAGGGGGCGGCUAUAACGUCUUGAUCCGCGAGGGACUCACCUGCCCGGUUGGCAUUGCCAUCACGCCUAAGGGACAGCUCCUGGUCUUGGACUGCUGGGACCACUGCAUCAAGAUCUAUAGUUACCACCUGAGAAGGUAUUCCACACCUUAGGGGGAACGAAGGUGUGUCUCCCGCUGGCCGGAUUCUUCCAUCAUCCAAAGCAAGGUGACUGACGUCACUGUUGUCGUUUCUUCACAGGCUGUGGUUGGACCGAUGUGCCAGCUGCUGUUUGUGUACUUGACAAAAGAUAGACUGCGUGCACACUUUUGCAUUGUAAGUGUACGAAGGCUGCCCGAAAGAGGGAGCCGAGGUUUGCAUGAAGAUGGACACAGUUAUAAACUAGCCAGAGAUUAUUAGAAAUUGCUUUCAGGGGACUGAGGCGGGAUGGGACAUUCCAGCUGCCUGGAAUCCUGUACAGAAACUGAGCAUGCUACGGCCAGAAGGCCACCCUCCGCGCACUUUGCACCCAGCACAGAAACGAGACUUUUGCUGGAGACGAGCUCUUGCCCUGUUUCUCACACACUCGGCACCCUCAUCACUUUGGUGGGUCCACUUGCACGGUUAGGUUCCCAGUGAGUGUUCGCCCGUCCUUGUGCCUUCACCAGUGCAUGCGCCAGGAGUGAUCUUUCACGGCAGUAGCUGGUAGAACUUUCCCACUAUUAAAUCCUUCAGAGAAAGCCACUUGCGUUGUUGUAGCAGCCCCCUCCUGGGAAACUGUGGUGAUGCAACUGACGGGAAGACCAGGGGGCCCCCGCUCGGUGCGCGUGCCCCGUGUGUGAGCCAGAGAUGGGUGGACUCGUCCCUUCGCGCAGCAUGUCGUAGGUCUAGCACAAUUCCUGACUCGAGCGGAUCACCGUCUCCUAGGAUUGUGCAAAAACGAGCAUUUUUUUUGAAGUGCCAACAUGUGGGUUGUGGGGUGGGAGAGACAACCGUUUGCAGGGGAGCAUUGAUUGGGCUUGUGUGUGUGUGGGGGGGGGGGUUCACGAUUCUGUGUUGUCCCUUGUUUGGAAAUGGCUCGGAAGGGCAUAUUUCUUGUUGAUACUUUGCCGGGGAAGGGAGAAAUUGGAGGAAACAAGAUCAAAUAUGACAAAUGCCAUGUUUCACUGUGCACCUUGGAUUGCCUUCCUUCCGCACCGCUGCACUGAUGGGCUUCCACUCGUCUGCGCCUCACGCAAAAGUUGCUUGUGCAUAAGAGGGGAAAGGGGACGUCUAAUUUCAUGACAGAAGGGUUUUCCGACUCCCGCCCACAGGGAAAUGCUGGGCUGCCAGCAAGGCCUUACUGAAGCUAACAGGCGCCUUUGCUUGUCGACCGGAAGGCAUAUGGUUUGGGUCAGAUGAUGCAUGAAACGCACAGCUGGGCAAAGAGGCACACCAAGGCUCGCCCGCAUAGGGUGGGAAUCCCACCCAUCAAAGUGUCUGUCAUGGCUCAGAGGGAAAGGAGCCAGCUUGUUAAGGGCAACCAGGACCCUGCUGCCCAGUGUUACUAGAGUGAGCAGUGUCAGCAAGUGGUGGGGACAGAAGGAGCACGGGUUCUGCGGUUGACUCGCUGGCAAAUGAAAUUCCGGAGUCGCAACCGCACAGGGGCCGAGAGCAAUCCUGGGUUUGGGUCCCUCAAACGGGGGUGCAGGCAGCUCAGGUGUUUCCAGCACUGAUUCAUCUCACAGGCUCUGGAUGCUGCAGGCCAAAAUAUCAGGAGCCCUUACUCCUGAGUUGCCCCUGUGGGGUGUGGACAGGAAGGACGCUGUUUCUUGAAGAAGCAAAAUUACUGUUUAAGCCAACAGAGAGAAAACUGGCACGCGGGCCCAGGACUUGGGAACACACACAAAGAGAACUGUAGGCAGCAGGCCCAACAUACACAGCAGUCAGGUGCCUACAAUGAUCCGAAAUCUUAAGUUUACACCCAGUUUAUAUGCGGAUCUUAAGUUUAUACCGUUUUAUCUGGGUGAUGUAAAGGGGAGAGAGAAGAGUGCAGAGGAGGAGGGGAGUAAACUGGGUGUGUGUGACUCAGAAGACAGACACUGGCAAGUGAGGAAUCUAAGUCAAGCUGCCAGAUUUUUCCUUGCCGGAAUGGGGGUUCGAGACUUGCUUCGGCAUGAAUGCAAGCCGAGUUUCUCAUGCCGAAUCCCACUGUGCGAUCCCAGAGUCAUCGAUAGAGUUUAUCGAGGCAGUUCCAUAGGUUUCAAUGGCCCCAGUGCAAGGAGUGACGCUCCCAAACACAUGAGUCAAAAUGCAACAUGGAGGAGCAGAAUUGGCUUUUCCCUUGCGGCACUCGUCUGGCAAUGGGGUGGGUGCCAGCCUGAGCCGAGAAGGGCGCCUUCGACACAUGGAGAUAUUGGAGAUCACUACCUGACUAGGACUCCUUUGCUGAAUUGCAAAGCUGCCGUCAGCUCCGGUCCUUUCACGUUACACAGAUGCCUAUGCUCUCUCUUUUCUGCAUUUUGAAACGUCUGCUUUUACGAGCUGGCUGUUGCAGGCGGCUUCCACCAGACUGACACACGGAAGCAAUGUAUUUUUUAAAAAAUAAAUAAGCACUUGCCUUUA